ACACUUGCCCCGACCCCACAGCCCUGACAUUAGUCAGGGGCAGCUCCGUUUCCAAGGGGGCGAAGGGGGGUGAGUGUACCCCCAGAUUGUCGGCCUCGGGGAGUCCCGCAAAUCGGAAGACCAUGCUCUGCAUCUAAAGCCUUGGGUCUGUACGUCCGAACCGGAGUGGAAGCGAUGGGGAACACCGUGAAGACGGAGGUGGCUCCACCUGCCAGGCCCCCGCCCUGCCUUUCAGGAGUGGACAAUGAUUUUCUCGCUGUCCUCUGUGACUAUCCCUCCCCUGACAUCAGUCCCCCGAUAUUCCAGCGAGGGGAGAAACUGCGUGUCAUAUCAGACGAAGGGGGCUGGUGGAGAGCGGUUUCUCUCGGGUCGGGGCGAGAGAGUUACAUCCCUGGGGUGUGCGUAGCCAAGAUUUAUCAUGGUUGGCUGUUUGAAGGUCUGGGCCGGGACAAAGCGGAGGAACUGCUCCAGCUGCCGGAGACCAAGACGGGCUCUUUCAUGAUCAGAGAAAGUGAAACCAAGAAAGGUUCCUACUCACUGUCAGUGAGACACAGACAAGUGAAACAUUACCGCAUCUUCCGCUUGCCGAACAACUGGUACUACAUCUCUCCGCGGCUCACCUUCCAGUGCCUCGAGGACCUCGUGAAUCACUAUUCCGAGGUGGCCGACGGCCUCUGCUGUGUCCUGACCACUCCCUGCCUGACUCAAUGCACCAAUCCCAAUGGAGUCAAAAGUCAUAGCUCACCGGUCGUGAUGCGCCAGAAACAUUUCAACUGGAGAAGUGUGCAGAGCAAGCGGCAGCCCAGUGAGAUGGAAGCCCUGAGUUCCCUGGAGAUGGACGACUCCCUGCUGAGCUUCGGACUCCGGGAGAGCAUCGCCUCUUAUCUGUCCGUGGCCGGGGAAGACAGUUCUCCCUUUGGCAGCGAGCGAAAGAAGAAGAGCCGCUCGCUGGUGUAUAUGGGCAGCAAGCGCAAGAGUGCCAUCUUCACCCCGCCGUCCUGGGAGGACUGACCACAGGGAGCAUGGGAGCCGGGGGCCUCUGGGUCUGCCCAGGGCCUCACCUGCCCCACAGCAUGUUACGAGAUAACUUGAGGCUGGUGUCCCCCCAAUGCCUGGGUAUUCAAUCAAUCAUAUUUAUUGAGAGCUGACUGUGAGCAGAGCGCUUGGGCGAGUACAAUAUAUCAGAGUUGGUAGAUGCGUUCCCUGCCCACAACGAGCUUUUAAUCUAGAGGAUGUUGUCUCACAAAGGAAACUUUCCUUUCCGCCCCUGGACACGCACUGUAGAUAGGACCCUGUGUUAACUUAUAAUUGACUCAGAUGUUGUUUCAUAAGGAGUGAGUGAGUGUGUGUGUGUGUGUGUGUGUGUGUG